UUGUAGCGCGAACGCCAGUCGCCAGUUAUUGCAGUGUCUCUCCACGUGCCAUACAAACGCCGUAAAUAUGGCUCACGCGCUAAAGAAUUUAUCGGUUCAAGUGCUUAAAAACAACAAUGUUGAAGCCAUCGGCGCGGCCGCGGCGAGAGCCAGCCACUGGUGGAGCCAAGUGCAGAUGGGCCCACCUGACGUGAUCCUGGGCAUAACAGAGGCCUACAAGCGAGACACUGACAGCAGGAAGGUGAACCUCGGCGUCGGGGCCUACCGCGAUGACAACGGACAGCCCUUUGUGCUGCCUUCUGUUAAGAAAGCCGAGGAAGUACUGUACGGCAAAGGGCUGAACCACGAAUACGCGCCAAUCGGCGGUGAGGCGAGCUACACGGACUCCGUGGCCAAGCUGGCCUUCGGUGACAGCAGCCCCGUCUUGGCUGACAAGUCCAACGCCACCGUACAGACCCUGUCCGGAACCGGCGCGCUGAGGCUCGGCUUCGAGUUCCUCCUCAAACACUACGGCGACAAGGAAGUGUGGAUGCCCAACCCCACGUGGGGUAACCACCCUCAGAUCUGCAACACCCUCAAGAUCAACCACAAGAAGUACCGCUACUACGACCCGAAGACCUGCGGGCUGGACUUCCAGGGUGCCCUUGAAGAUAUCAAUAAAAUCCCUGACGGUUCGGUCAUCCUGCUUCACGCGUGCGCCCACAACCCCACCGGUGUCGACCCCAACAAAGAACAAUGGAAAGAGCUUUCUCAGCUGAUCAAGAAGAAGCAUCUGUUCCCGUUCUUCGACAUGGCGUACCAGGGCUUCGCGACCGGCGACGUGAACAACGACGCCUUCGCAGUCCGCCAGUUCGUGCAGGACGGCCACCAGGUCAUGCUGGCACAGAGCUUCGCUAAGAACAUGGGUCUGUAUGGCGAGCGCGCCGGCGCCCUGACCAUUUGUUGUGGCGACGAGAACACCGCCAAGAUCAUCAUGUCCCAGCUCAAGAUCAUGAUCCGCGUCAUGUACUCCAACCCUCCCCUGUACGGCGCCCGCAUCGUGCAGACCAUCCUUAACGACCAGAAACUCAAGGAUCUCUGGUUGAAGGACGUGAAGCUGAUGGCAGACCGCAUCAUCACGAUGCGCAAGGAACUCCGCAAGGGAGUAGAAGGCGCCGGCUCCAAGCUGCCCUGGCAACACAUCACCGACCAGAUCGGCAUGUUCUGCUUCACCGGCCUCAAGCCCGAACAGGUGGAAAAGCUGACGAGCGACCACCACAUCUACCUCACCAAGGACGGGCGCAUCUCCGUCGCUGGCCUUUCUAACAAGAACGUGCACUACGUCGCCGAGGCCAUCCACAAAGUUACCUCCUAAGCGUAUCACCGACCGACCUGCCACAUGCCUUUACUACAGCG